CAGCGCCUUGUCACGCUGCUGUCUAAAAUAUCUGUGGUGCUCCCAUUGACAACAAUUUUUAAAAUAUAAUCUCCCCAAUAUUCUGGUUUUAGGGGAAAAAAAAAAAUAAUUGUUGGACUCAUGGCCUUACACUACUCUUAUAUUUAUACUAUUGUUCUGCACUCAUAGCCCUUUGGAUAUUAAGCAAUAAUACUUUCAAUUCUGUAAUAAUGUUUAUUAAUCCAUUAUAUAAUUAUACAAUUAUAUGAUUUUAGCUAAUUUCCAAUAUGAGGUGGACGUAAUGCCCAUGAUCACAGCGUUGACCCGUUCCUGUGUGGUAAUACCGUGCAGUUUCAAGAUGGAAGAGGAAUAUGUGACCCGCCUCCAGAUUAUUUGGAUCUCCAAAACAGAUGGCUACAUGUUCCACACUAAAACGGACAACAUAUUUGGCAAAUUCAAAGGCCGCACAAGGCUUCUGGGAAACCCUGAUGAGCAGAACUGUACUGUGGAGAUGGAUGAUGUGCAAACUCAUGACAACGGGCCAUUCUGCUUCAGAGCAGAAAAGGAAAACAAGAAAUACAGCUUCAACAACAACUGUGUGUUCAUUAUAAUGCAGGCAUCUCCUAACAAACCUGUGAUGUCGUCCCUCCCUGAAGACAUUGAGCCUGGGGCACACCUCACCGUCAAAUGUUCAGUCAACCACACAUGUUCCUCUCACCCUCCCAAUAUCACCUGGAGCAUCCCAACAGCCCAAGAAACUAUCAGUCACAAUCACAUGGGUGGAGGCGUCUGGGAAACAGUGUCCACUGUGACCUUCAUUCCAAAUGGAUAUGAAGAGAAAGAUGAAAUUGUUUGCACUGCCAACUUUUGGGGUGGUAAAACUCAGAACAAUACUGCCUUCCUGAGUGUUAAGAGAGAUCAAGGUGUUGGAUUCGAGCUUUAUGUCACUGCUUCUUCACUUGUGUUCAUCCUCAUUUGCAUACUUGGAGUCUUCAUGUAUAAAAGGCGUCACAGACAUCCUCGUCAUGAUAUGCAUGUGUCAGAAAGACAGUCUGAACAAAGGCCAAACACAUCUACAGUGUCACAAAACAAGCCUUUCUCCAAGCCUCGUAUUCCAUCACCAAAGAGUGAGCCAAAAUCCUACUCAGGUUAUGAUUAUGAGGGCAACUAUGCUAACAUGGAAGAACUCAACGUGUAUGGAAAUAUAUGAUGAUUAUGUACAAAACAAGGUUCAACACAGUGUUUUUUUCUUCUUUUUUCUUUUUUGAAAAAUGCUCAAAAUAAGUAGAGCAGAUUGUAUACUUAAUCACUGUCUGUUUUUGAGUCUGAAGCAUGUAUGUAUUGACUUAAUUGAUUUUGUUAAUGCUUUUCCACUCUGUCAUUUAUCAAUGCUUUCCAGCAUGUUUGAACAUAACCAUAAAUAAAUAUAAAAUGGAUCA